AUGGAUGAUACCGCCCACCCGCGACUACGAAAGCUAGCGAAAAGCCCAGCAAGAAUGAAUGGGCCCCUCGAGAUGAACACAGCCGCGGGUGAGCGAGAAUCACUGCUCAGAGAAGGAUCUCCAGAGCCGCGUGAGACAAACUGCUCCAGCUGGAAGCAUGCUCUUUUCCUAAGAAAAUCAGUGUUAUGCGUCGUUAAGUCUACACUGGGAUGCAGCUACACUAAUUUACUUUUACCAUUUGUGUUUCUGGGCAUCAUUGCAGGGCGUCAAGGGUGGAAUGACUCGAUUGCCUUUGCGUUCAAUUUCCUGGCGAUUUUUCCUCUCGCUGCGUUACUAUCGUUCGCCACGGAGGAACUGGCGAAGAGUGUCGGAAAGACAGUCGGGGGACUGAUUAAUGCGACGUUUGGGAAUGCGGUUGAAAUGAUUGUCGGGAUCACAGCGGUCCGACAGGGGGAAAUCAGUAUCGUGCAGUCUAGCAUGGUGGGCAGUAUCCUGUCCGGAAAUCUGCUGAUACUUGGUUCUUCACUAUUUUGUGGCGGCUUUGCCAAAGAUGCGGUGAUCUUCAACGUCGAUGUCAGUGGAAUUCUUUCAUCGCUUAUGGUGGUAUCUUCUGCAACGCUAAUCAUACCCUCCGUGCUCUAUUCAACUAUAUCAUCGAAAACGGCCGACGUCGAAGCGAGCAUCCUCAGUCUCUCCCGUGCCGCAUCCGUGGUCCUCCUCGCAUUCUACCUGGUCUAUCUCUACUUCCAACUGAAGAGCCAUGCCGAGUUAUUCAUUGAUGACGAGGUAGAAGAAGAUAGCCAGCGACUUUUAGGCCCUUUGUCGGCAAGCGUCGUCCUGAUCCUCGCAACUCUCGGCGUUACCGUGUGCUCGGAUGGUCUAGUGGAUAGCGUCGACGGUCUGGUAGAAAGGUGGCAUGUGAGCCGGGCUUUCCUUGGCCUGAUUGUGGUUCCAAUUGUUGGAAAUGCUGGGGAAUUCAACACGGUGAUCAAUUCUUCCCUCAAGGGUAAUAUGGACCUUGCCAUUGGUGUGAUUGUGGGGAGCACUCUGCAGAUUGCUUUGUUUGUGAGCCCCUUCCUGGUCAUGUGCGGCUUGGCUCUUGGGCAGCCGAUGUCCUUGCGCUAUAGUCCUUUUGAGACUGUGGUCUUUUUCCUAUCGGUCAUCGUGAUGGACUGCUUGAUCCGUGGAGGGAGGUCCAAUUACUAUGAAGGGUCUUUACUGAUUGGAAUGUACCUCAUUAUUGCGAUUGCAUACUUCGUGCACCCAGAUGCAAUUGAUGCACACCUGGUUUAG